AGAAUACGAGUACAAUACCAUAAGCAUUGCAAACAUUAAAGAUAAGAAGAAAGCUCACAUCGACCACCAUGUUUCUGCGUAAAAGUUUAGUCUUCCUCAUGCUUUUCCUGGUGAUCAGCUCAGCAACGGCGGCACGUAAAAACAAACGUCCUGUUAAGCCGGCCAAAACAUUUCCCCGCACCAAUGUAACACCCUCUCCACAAGCCGCCAGCAGCAGCAGCUCUAGCAGCAGCACCACCACAACCACAGCCCAACCUGCUGCCACUUCAUUGACCACCUCAUCUACAGCAGCGCCGCUUAGUAAAACGGAAAAUGUUAGCAUUGAGGAAGCCGAUGCGCCCGGAAAUGUUCUCGUGCAGCAUGACAGCGAAUUGCCAAAACCAUUGGAUCAACAGGCGGCAGCAGGAAAUUCACAGCAACAAAUGAUGCAACAGGAAUCAAAGACCGAACGACCAAUGGCCGAGAAUAUCAGUGCUAUGGUGGAGGAAGAAUGUGAUCCGGAUAUGAUUGGUUUUGAAAUUAUAACGGGUUAUGUAUUAUCGGCGCCAUCAAAAUUACUUGACACACUGCCUGGUACACUUAUGUUGACCGAUUGCCUCGAGGCUUGCCAGAUAAAUGAAUCAUGCAGCGCUGUUAAUUAUGAAACCGGACUGUGUGUAUUAUUCAAGACCACGGCUGACAAAACACCAGGUUCACUUUCUCGUUCGCAAUUCCCCGUCUUCACCAUUUACGCACAGAAAUCUUGUUUGGGUGUACGUCCUUGUUCCAAGGCCUGGUGCAUUGAUCGUGUACAAAACUAUCGUUUAGUGGAUCAUGUUAAGACCAGUCAAACUGUCUAUUCAAGACGCGAUUGCUUGGAAUUGUGUUUGGGUGAAACUGAAUUUACAUGCAGAUCUGCCAAUUAUUAUCGCCAUUCUGGUCUCUGUGAAUUGAGCGCCAUGGAUCGUAUCACCCUGUCGGGCUCCAACAAUGUCGAACCCUAUGAUGGUGCUGAUUAUUUGGAAAAUAAUUGUGCCGAAGAACCCAGUAAAUUGUGUGAAUUCAAGAGGAUUUCUGGUAAAAUCUUAAAGACUGUGGAUUCCGUGUAUCAGGAUAUCAAUUCGAUUGAAGAAUGCAGAGAUUUGUGCUUGAACUCACCCUACAGAUGUCACUCCUACGACUACAACGAUACCGGUGAUAUGGUCUGUCGUUUAUCUCAUCACUCUCGUUCCACACUCACCGAUGUUUUGGAUCCCUAUUUGGAUGUGCCAGAGGCUGCCACCUAUGAAUUGUCCUCAUGCUACAAUGUCUCCAUUGAAUGUAAAUCUGGUGAAAUGAUUACCAAAAUUCGUACUUCCAAGCUGUUCGAUGGAAAAGUCUAUGCCAAAGGUGCUCCUAAAUCAUGCUCGGUUAAUGUUAACAAUUCCUUGGAAUUUGAUUUCCGCAUGGGCUACAAUGAUUUGGAAUGUAAUGUGCGCCAAUCAGCCUAUGGUCGUUAUAUGAAUGACAUUGUCAUACAGCAUCAUGAUAUGAUUGUGACUUCGUCGGAUUUGGGUUUGGCAGUCUCUUGCCAAUAUGAUUUGACCAAUAAGACAGUGUCGAAUGAUGUGGAUUUGGGUGUUACGGGAGAAAUUGAAUCAUCGCUGAGCGAAGAGAUCAUCAUUGAUUCACCCAAUAUUAUCAUGAAGAUUACCUCUCGCGAUGGCAGCGAUAUGAAACGCAUUGCUGAAGUAGGAGAUCCUUUGGCUUUGAGAUUCGAGAUUACCGAUCAGAACAGUCCCUAUGAGAUCUUUGUACGUGAAUUGGUGGCCAUGGAUGGUACAGAUAAUGCUGAGAUUACCCUAAUUGAUGCUCAUGGUUGUCCCACCGAUCAAUAUAUUAUGGGAGCCGUACAGAAAAUGUCUCAAAAUCGCAAGAUUUUGGUUUCACAAUUCGAUGCCUUCAAAUUUCCCUCCUCCGAAGUGGUGCAAUUCAGGGCCUUGGUGACGCCAUGCAUACCCCGAUGUGAGCCGGUGAUUUGCGAUAAUGAGGAUUCAGUGAGCGGUGAAUUGAAGUCUUUGGUCUCAUACGGACGUCGCAAGAGAUCCAUAGUCAAUGGAACAGACGGUGGUAAGUUUAAGGAGUUUUGGCUUUUUUUGAAAAGGGGAAAACGUUUUUCAUGGGGUUUCUUUGCUUUGCUUUCAGCUGAAUUCAUGAUUUCCUCUUCCGCCUUCCGUCAUGGUCGCAAACAACGAGAUGUUAGCCAGAAGUCAUCCGAAGACAAUAUUUUGCUGGUGCAGUCCAUUCAGAUUACCGAUAAAUUCGGCUUCAAUCAGGAGGAAACAAAUGCCUUGAAUUCGUCAGAGGAACAUGAAAAGAUCUUCACUGGCACCACAGAGGAGUCAUUCACAUGUCUUAAUGGUUAUGGCCUUAUAAUUGCCGGUGCUGUCUUCCUGCUGGCCCAACUCUCUGUCUUUGUCAUCUGGAAAACUGUACAAAAGCGCUCCAAGAAAGAACGUUAUCUGUAUCAACAAGACUCGGCACCAUCAUCGGUGAACUAUGGAGCACCCACUAUGGUUUAUGGAGCAUCACAUCUGCAACACAGCUCCUCACAUGUGCAGCAGGGCAAGGCCAGUGAUACAUUGGGAAAACUCUAUGAUAGUGGCAUGAGUGGACGUUAUGGUCAGAACUUUUAAAACAGCAAAAAACAAAAGACACAAGAAUAGGGAUAUCAAAAAAACAUAGCAUUCUAGAAAUUCUUUUAUUUUCAAAUUCUUAAACGAAAAUACCGUUUUAGGGCAAAAAAGGAAAAUUAAAAA